ACUAUUUCAGAUCCACGCACAUGCUUCCGGGAUUUCGUGCAGCUGGGUCAAGGUGCUUCCGGUGUCGUUUACUCGGCUGUGGAUACAAGGCAAGGACCUAAUAAGGGUCGCAAGGUGGCGCUAAAAUACUGUGACCUAAAGGAACUUGAAGAGCUCAAAAGAGAAAUUGCAAUGCAGUUUUUAUCAGGUCACCCAAAUGUAGUCAGUCUCUUAGAGGCUUUCCUUACAAAUACUCACGUUGUCAUUGCACUCGAGCUGAUGACAGGAGGUAUGCUUACGAGUCUUUGCGAACGAGACAUCCGCAUUUGCGAGGAAUCACACGUCAGCUAUGUUCUGAAAUGCGUGUUGCAAGCGCUUUCGUUCAUCCAUCGCCAGUAUCGGGUGCACCGAGACAUCAAGUCAGACAACAUUCUCAUUGAUACUGAUGGCCGUGUAAAACUUGCUGACUUUGGAUUCGCCGCGUCUCUCACUCGCGAGGCAAGAAACCGGACUUCAGUCGUGGGGACCCCCUUUUGGAUGGCACCCGAGCUUAUUCAGUCCCAGUCUUACGAUUGCAAGGUUGACAUCUGGUCGCUUGCUAUCACUGCCCUCGAGAUGACUGAUGGAGAGCCACCACUCAUGCACGAGCCAGUGAUGCGCGCCCUGUUCCUCAUCACAGUGAAUGAGCCACCCAAGUUGCACGACCCAUCCGUGUGGUCAGAGACACUUGAUCACUUUCUGAGGAAGAUGCUUGUCAAACUUCCAAAUGACCGGUCCUCCGCCGAGCAGCUUCUCAUGCAUCCCCUGAUG